AUGCACGGGGACGAGGGUAGGCAGAUGCACGGGGACGAGGGUAGGCAGAUGCACGGGGACGAGGGUAGGCAGAUGCACGGGGACGAGGGUAGGCAGAUGCACGGGGAUGAGAGUAGGCAGAUGCACGGGGACGAGGGUAGGCAGAUGCACGGGGACGAGGGUAGGCAGAUGCACGGGGACGAGGGUAGGCAGAUGCACGGGGACGAGGGUAGGCAGAUGCACGGGGACGAGGGUAGGCAGAUGCACGGGGACGAGAGUAGGCAGAUGCACGGGGACGAGGGUAGGCAGAUGCACGGGGAUGAGAGUAGGCAGAUGCACGGGGACGAGGGUAGGCAGAUGCACGGGGACGAGGGUAGGCAGAUGCACGGGGACGAGGGUAGGCAGAUGCACGGGGACGAGGGUAGGCAGAUGCACGGGGACGAGGGUAGGCAGAUGCACGGGGACGAGGGUAGGCAGAUGCACGGGGACGAGGGUAGGCAAAUCCACGGGGACGAUGCAGGGGAUGAGAGUAGGCAGAUGCACGGGGACGAGGGUAGGCAGAUGCACGGGGACGAGGGUAGGCAGAUGCACAGGGAUGAGGGUAGGCAGAUGCACGGGGACGAGGGUAGGCAGAUGCACGGGGACGAGGGUAGGCAGAUGCACGGGGACGAGGGUAGGCAGAUGCACGGGGACGAGGGUAGGCAGAUGCACAGGGAUGAGGGUAGGCAGAUGCACGGGGACGAGGGUAGGCAGAUGCACAGGGAUGAGGGUAGGCAGAUGCACGGGGACGAGGGUAGGCAGAUGCACGGGGACGAGGGUAGGCAGAUGCACGGAGGGUGGUAUUAUUAA